GUGUAACUUAGUUACUCUCGACGAUACCAUAAACCUAGUCCAUAAAGUAUAUAGUGAUAGUUUCAAGAAAAUAUUAUAUUUUAACGAAGUAAACUUCCCUACAUUAACACAAUAAAGGUAAUUCGUUUAUAUUUAUUAAAAAAUCUAUCGUAAUAUUUAGAUUAUUUAAAUUUGAAUUAGUAUACCUAUAUGAAAAGAACUGAAAUAUUUAAACUAAAUUAAAAUUUAUUUUAUUGUAAUAUGUUGAGCUAUUCCUUUCAAAAAAUGAUAAUAUACGUUUAAUUAUAACACAAAUUUUAACUCAUAAUGUAAUAAUAGUUAAUAAUAAUACAUAAAUAAAGUACCUGCAAAAAAAUAGUUUGUUAAACGGGGGAUGGUAAACUCCUAUAAAAGUAAAUAAUCUCUUACACUGACAUAUUGUUAGCUCAUACAAAAGAUUACAUUAAUAUAAGGAAUCGCAUCGAAAAUUCUCGAACAUUUCAAUAACAUAUAAAUUAUUUCCGUAAAUUGGAAACACAACAAUCUCUACCUUUUAUUUUUGUAGUUUAUAACUGAAUUUUAUUUAUUUUAAUGUUUUGCUUUUGACUUUGUAGUUUAUGACUGAUUUUUACUUAUUUUACUUUUUACAACUUUACAACUAAGUGUAGGAGUUAACACUAUAUCAAUGUAAGAGAUUACCUACAUUUGUAAGAGUUACCACCCUACUCUAUUUUUGAUAGAAAAAAAUGCAAAAAAGGUCCAUGUAGGAGAUUACACCGUCUAUUUUUGGCGGGUAAAAAGAGAUUAUGUAUAAGUGUACACUAUGUUUUAAAUACACAAGUAAAAAGGACAUUUUUGUAGGAGUUUACAUAUAGCCAAUUAUACAUUUGGCCUUAAAGUGCUUAAAGAACACUAUUGUUACGCCACUGCAAUCUCUUUGAUUACUAGACUUAAAUUAUUGCAAUAAUAAUAAUAAUUUAAAAUAAUGUGUUUCGAGUGGUCACGGAAAAGUAGUCAUAGAUACUUCUGUUUAAUUAUUAAGUACCUGUAUGAUGCAGUAUGUUAAAUUUACCAACCCAUAUUCAUUAGUUUUUCACUAGGCAAUUUAUAUCAAAAACGUAAUCUAGUGAGGCAUAAAUAAUUAUUAUUGUCUCCAUAAAUUCAUUAAAAAAAGACGUCCUAAGAUAAUGGAUACGGGUGCAGCCACUGUUAUAGGUAAUUUAAUGUAUAUCUGUAAGCAACGAUAAACUAUUUCUAGCGAAAAAACAAUUCUGUGCGCAGUUCAGUUAAUAGUGAUACUUUGUCAACAAUAUAUAUGUCAUAUUAUGGUAAAAUAAUUAAAUAGAUAAUAAAUAUUUUCUUUAAUCAUAUUUGUUUAAUAUUGUAUAGAUUUUCUCAUGUUUUUUUCGAUUUUUUCCACUUAUUGAGAAAACUCUGGGAAAAUCGAAAUAUUAUCUCCCUAAAGUACCUUACCAGUCAGAUUUCCUUUCAAAAAAGGGCUAUCAUUUUAAAUCGGAGCAAAAUUGCUUGUAGAAAAAUUGUACACAGAAAAAAGGCCAUAAUAUAUUUUUACUAAUACCUAUAUGUCGUACAUUUUCCCGGUUUUUCCCAGAUAUUAUGAAAACCACUUGGAAAAUUAAAAAAUGACCUCCUAAAAGUACCAUCUGGACAACAUCCCCUUUCAGAAAUGGUACCAUGCGUAUAUAUCGAUUCAGAUUUAUGGUCGAAUUUUCGUACACACGAGAAAAAAAUAAAAAUAAUAAUAAACAUUCUAGUAAAACCAAUAAAAUCUUUGCUACACUCAAAAUCUAAAAUUUAUCAAUAUUUUGAUUUUUUUUUUUAAUUAUGAUUUUUUGCUUUGCUACAAAAUUAAAUAUAAUAUAAUGCUACUAUACAAGGAUAUUAUAUUAAUUGUUACCAAUAUAUUAUAUAAUAUAGUUUAGAAGGAAUACACUGAAUAUAAAAAAUGAUUAACAAUUGUUUUGAAACCGUAUAAUAAUUUGUGGAAACCCAACAUGGAAAGGUAAGUCAAAAUAAAUAAAAAUACAUAUGGUUGCUAAAUUUAAUUUGUUUUGCAUUUAUAGACUACUAUUUGAUUCUCAAAAAGAAGAACGACCCAAACAUCCAAGAAAACAUGCGAAUAUUUUUGAAAUACUCACGUUUAGGUAGAUAAAACGCUAAAAUAAUUUAUUUGUAUGUAAUUAUCAUAGUUAUUUAACUACUCAAAGAUUAAAUCUUUGAAUGAAUCUAUAAAUAUUUCACUAUUGCAGUAAAAUAACCUCAAGAUGACAUACAAUGCUACGGGUUCUGCAAAGGAUGUGAAACAUAGGAGUAAGUCUGUUCAGAUAAAGUAGACAGAAGCAUCAGGUGUUUUAUGUGGCUAAAGAAUUCCAAUAGGACUUAAAGAUAAGUUUUUCAAAAGUGUGGGUGAAACCAACUAUAGUCGAAUAUAUUGUAUGAUUUGGAAUUUUGGGCAACAGACAGAAAAAUAGAAUAGAAAAUGAGUGUAGCGGAGAUGAAAAUGCUUAGGUAGAUGAAUAGAGUCACGAGAUUCAUAGGAUAAGAAAUUAAUAGAUUAGAGGUAGCUUAGGCGUGGCUUUCAUAGAAGACAAAAUAAGAGAAAUAGACUGAGAUAGUCAUGUUAUGAGGAGAGAAGAAUCUGAAGCAAUAAUAAUUGUAACGUUAUAAGGAAGAAAGGGUGAUCGAAAAAGAGAUAUUUGGGUGUGAUUAAUGGUGACUGACCCUAAAUAGUUGGGAUAAAGGUGAAGGAGAAGAAGAAGACUAUCGCAGUGAAAUGUUGGUACUACACACAAAUUAUAAAUUUUAUUUUAUUCAUUUUAUUUAAAAAUUCAUAUUAAUAUACUCGUAAUAAACUGACUGAUCUAAUUAGAAAAAUAAAUUUGCAUUCGUAUUAAUUUGGUUGUUAAUUGAUUUUUAAUUUUACAUAUCAAUUUUUUUAUUAUAUUAUGAUUAUAAUCAAUAUUUUACUAUUUAGUUGGUUACUAGACCUAUUCAAAAUAGGAAAACAAAGAGAUUUAGAAGAAAAAGAUUUGUAUAAAACAUUAGAAGAACACUUAUCGUCUCCAUUGGGCAAUGAAUUAGAAAAGUAUACUAUUUUGUAUUGUAAUAUAAUAUGUAUACUAAUAUAUUAAUUUAUAUUUUAACUCCAGUAAAUGGAAUACAGAAUUGGCCAUUGCAUGUAAGAAAAAACGUAAUUCUAGUCUGUUAAGGGUUUUGAUUCGAAUGUUUGGAGCUAAAUAUUUGAUGUAUGGUAUUAUACUAGCCACCGAUGAAAUUGUUUUAAAGUGAGAAUUAAACAAAAAAUAAAUAUAAAUUAAAUUAACUACUAUUAACUCGACAAAUUAAAUUUUGUUAUGAAAUAAUUUCAAUUUUUUAAUAGUAGGAAUAUAGGUGUAUUAUUUUAUUUGUAGACAGUAUCAAGUAUAAAAAUUGUAUGGUGACAAAUAAUAAAUCAAAUAAUAAUACAAAUAAUAAUCCUUUAAAUUUUACACGUAUUUAAAAAUGCGUAAAAAUUUGUAAAUUAUCGUUUUUUCAGAAAAAGGUUUUUCAAGUUACUUAACUAAAACAUUCUGAUAGCGCGAUUUAUUUUCUGAAAAUUGUACACGUAAAAUAAUAUAUAAUUUAAUUAAUUAAUGCGUAUUCGGAGUAUUAUGAAAUGUGUAUUAUACAAAUAUAUAAAUACAUAUGUAAUGUGUACUAUUGUUUAGAAUGGCUAACCCUCUAUGUAUUGGCGGACUCUUAGCAUAUUUUAACUCCGACGAAUCUAAUAAAACUAAUAAACAAUACGCAUACAUUUGCGCAUUCGUUCUGGUGUUUAACAUAUUCAUAUCGUUGGUUUUAUACCAUUCGACCCAAAUAGAAGUCCUUCACUGCAGCAUGAAGAUUCGAGUGGCUUGCUGUUCAGUAAUUUAUAGAAAGGUAAAUAAAAUCCUUUAAUAUAUAAUAAAAUUAAUCAUGUAUAACUUAUAUCUAUUUAUAUUCUGGAAAAACGAAAAACAAAUUUAAUUACUCAUUUUAGAUAAUAUAAUUAAUUACAAGUUACACGUCAUAUUCCAUAUUAUUAUGAUUUAUAAUGUUCAGUGAUGACUGAUAAUAUACAGAAAUGUACCUUUAUUACAAUUUUCGACUUGCGUACCUUUAUGAAGUCGGUCCUACACAACUAGUGAACUAAGCCAAUUAUGUGUUUAUAAAUAUUGUCCUCGUUAAUGGUCAUAUUUUUCAAACGACUCUUAUAAUUUAAUAAUUAAUUACUAGUACCAAUGUUGGUGCAUACUUUGUUAAUCAUUGACUACAGCUCCCAGACAACUUAUACAUUUACACAAAUUUCCAAUGGCAUACAAAUCGAUACUUAGUCAGCCAUUUAACAAUUCGUGAGGAAGAUCCAUAAUAAACAAUGUCUGUUCUUUAAAAUGUGCAUGAUUUACCAACAGUGAACGGGAAACGACCAAUGAUCAACAAUUAAACAAGUGUGUCCUACUAAGUAUAACUUACGGCUGGUCAGUAGUUAACAUUUGCUAGUCAUGUAGAACCAAAUUUAUUCACAUUCAUAAAUAGUUAAAAUUAAUGUUUUUAUAAUAUUUCAAACAACAAAUGAAAUAUUAUACAAUAAUUGUUGUGUCUAGGCAUUACGUCUGAGUACCACAGUCCUUGAUGGAACUCCAGUCGGCCAAAUGAUAAAUUUAUUAUCAAACGACGUUGGUCGAUUUGAUAUAGCUUUAGGGUUUCUUAACUAUUUAUGGAUUGGUCCUCUGCAAACUAUUGUGGUCACGGUUUUUUUGUGGCAAGAAAUAGGAGUAUCGUCAAUGGUUGGAGUUGCAUCAUUGUUUGUAUUCAUUCCAUUGCAAGGUAGGGAUACGAAAAUUAAAUACUAACUUACAAAUUAUAGAAAUAUAAUUGAAUUAUUUUUUGAUGCAAUAUGAACCUGCGUUAACGAUUCACAGGUUGGUUAGGCAGAAAAAUGUCUGAAUACCGAACAAAGAUAGCUAAUAUCACCGACGAGAGAAUACGGUUAAUGAACGAAAUCAUUUCGGGCAUACAAGUAAUAAAAAUGUACACUUGGGAAAAACCUUUUGCAAAUCUUAUAGAAUAUAUAAGGAGGUAAGUAUACUUAUACUAUGCUGUUUUUUUUCUGUAAUAUUUUGUUAGUUUAUUAGACGAUAUUGUGAGAAUUACUUUUAUUACUUCUAUUAAUAUCGUGAAAAUAUCAAAAACAUAUUAAUUUAGUGUACAAAUUACAAAUUUUCGUUUUUAAAAUAUGGAACAAUAUCAUAAAAUAAAUGUUUUUAUUUUGUUAAUAGUGAUUUUAUUAAGUGAAUACGACAUAUUAUUAACAUAAUAUUUAAAUUAAUAACUUUAAAUUUUAUUAUAGAAAGGAAAUUCGGCAGAUUAGAGGAUCAUCAAAUAUCAGAGGAAUUUCUUCACUGUUCGCAGUAAUUCAAAUUAGAUUCAUACUAUUCAUUACCAUUUUAUCUUACGUGUUUCUUGGAAAUUAUAUAUCUGUGAAAAAAGUAAACUUCUACUAUUUACGAACUAAUAAGGAUAAUUGAACACAAUGCUUAUCAGUUUUUAUGGUUCUGUUAGAUCUAUGUUGUAACAUCUUUUUAUAGUCUUUUGCUGCCAACAAUGACAAUAUUCUUCUGUCAUGGUUUGGGACUACUAGCGGAAGUGUUAGUAUCUGUUAAAAGAAUACAGGUAAAUUAAUUUAUUUCCAUAUUUUAUUUUUUAUUAUUUUAAUAUUAACUAAUAUUUAGUUAUAAUAUUAAUAAUGUACAACAAAAAUAUGUACAGCAUUUUUUACUUCAAGAAGAAAAAAAUAAUCAAGUACAAAACAAUGUAGAACCAAUUAAUAAUGAUCAGAAAGAAUCAAAUAUAAUUAAUGAAGAUACAAAAAAAAAAAUUACUGUAAAUUCAUAUAAUUCUGAAAUAGUAAUUUCAAAAGUAACGACUAAAUGGGCAAUCUAUCAACCUGUUAACUGUUUAGAAAACAUAAAUCUCACUAUAAGAUCCGGCCGAUUGGUUGCAAUCAUUGGUCCUGUGGGAGCUGGAAAAGUAUAAACGAUUAAAAAAUGAUAACAUCAUUAAGGUUUGAACAUGGAAAUAUUAUUACAGAGUUCAUUGAUACAAGCUAUUUUAGGAGAAUUACCACUACACAAAGGGUCAAUUUCCACGAUUGGCGUAGUUUCAUAUGCAUCACAAGAACCUUGGUUAUUUUCUGGAUCUAUUCAACAUAAUAUUUUAUUUAACUUGUCAAUGGAUAAACUACGUUAUGAACAAGUAAAAAAUAAUUUGCCAGCCAAAGUUAUAAACUACGCUAGUCACCAAUACUUAUGUUUUUCGAAAUGUGUUAAGGUUAUAAAAGCAUGUGCACUAGAAAAUGACUUGGAACAGUUUCAGUAUGGCGAUCGAACAAUUGUGGGUGAAAAGGGGGUUACCCUAAGCGGUGGUCAAAGGGCAAGAAUAAAUUUGGCUAGGUAUUUAAUAUUAAAAAAAAAAACAGUUUUUAUAUUGUUUCUAAUAAAAAAAAAAAUGAUUUCAGAGCAAUAUAUAAACAAGCUGAUAUUUAUUUACUGGAUGAUCCUUUUUCUGCCGUUGAUACUUGUGUUGGAAAGCAUUUAUUUGAAAAAUGUGUUAAAGGUAUAUACUAAUUAUUAUUAUUAUUACUAUUAUUAUUAUUAUUAUUAUUAUUAUUAUUAUUAUUAUCAUUUUCAAUCUGCAGAUUACCUCAAAGAAAAGACGUGCAUUCUUAUUACACAUCAAAUACAAUUUUUGACAAAAGUAAAUGAAAUUGUUCUUAUGGAAAAUGUAAUUAAACAUUAAAUAUAAGUUAGGGAUAACAACCAUAUUUAUUUUAUAAAUUUUAAUAAAUCAUAUUUUUUCUUCCAGGGUAGUAUAUCAGCUAAGGGAUCUUAUCAAAAACUCCAGUCCUCUGGUUUUGACUUUACAAAAUUACUCGAAUUUUCCGAUGAAACCAAAUUUGAUCGUAUUAAUGAACAAAAUGAAAAUAAUAGAAAUUUUGAAUCAAAUUCCAUUUUAUCCAUUCGUGGUUCUAACGACAGUAUUAGUCAUUUAUCUAUAGAUAAAUAUAAUCUCGAUGGAGAUUUUCCACAACCUAACGAAAAUACUGAAAUCCGUUCUUCUGGUCGUGUUUUAAAAAAUGUUUAUAUGACAUACGUUACUGCUGGUGGUAGUAUCUGUAAAAUUGGAUUGCUUUUAUUCGUUUACUUUUUAUGUCAAAUACUGAUAACUGGCAGCGAUUAUUGGAUUAGUUAUUGGUAAAGUGUAUACAAUUUUAUUUAAUACGUUCGAUAAAAUGUUUAACGUUUAUUUAAAUAUGUAAAUGUAUGUUUAGGGUAAAUAAAGAAGAAUACGCCUUUCGUCAAAUAAAUAUUAGUAUACUUGUAAACGAAACAUCUGCAAUGGUUAACGAUACAUUUAAUCUCAUAAUCAUACCAUCCGACGAUCGCUUUACUUGUAUAAUGGUUUACAGUGUUUUGAUUAUUUUAAUGAUAGUAAUUAAUAUUAUUAAAUCCUUAAUAAAUGUAUCUGUUUGUAUGAGUGCGUCAAUCAAUUUGCACAAUACCAUGUUCAACACUAUAAUUAGAACUACUAUGUCUUUUUUUAACACCAACUCGUCUGGUAAUAGUUCAUGUUUGAUACAUUAUUAAACAAAUAAUGUAACGACAACACAAUAUUUUAAAGAUCAAAUACAUUUAUUUUAUUUAUAGGAAGGAUUUUAAACCGAUUUUCUAAAGAUAUUGGUGCGAUUGAUGAAACUUUACCAGCAGUGAUAAUGACUUGUUUACAAGUAAACACAAACAUUAUUACUAUAAUCUGGAUAAAAUAAUGGUCUUUAUUAUUUUGAUAGGUUACAAUGUCAUUUUUAGGGAUUGUUUGUGUUGUUGGAUUAGUAAACAUUUAUCUUAUAAUACCUACCUGUGUUAUCGGAAUGAUAUUUUACUAUUUUAGAAUGUUCUAUUUGCCAUCAUCUCGAAGUAUAAAACGAUUAGAAGGCGUUAGUAAGUCCUCGAUUGUUUCUAUUGCUUAUAUUUCAUUGCUCAAAUCUUAAAAUUAUUUUAUCAGCACGGAGUCCUAUAUUUGCACAUAUGAAUGCAUCUAUGCAAGGCCUAACAACAAUAAGGGCAUAUAAAGCAGAAAAAAUUCUAUCCGACGAAUUUGAUAACUAUCAAGUUUGAAUAAUUUUAAUUUUAAUAAUGUGUGAGCACUUUUUUUAAUUUGAUUCUUAAAUACUUAGGAUUUACAUUCAUCUGCAUGGUACUUAUUCAUUUCUUCAAAUGAAGCGUUUGGCUGUUGGUUGGAUUUAGUUUGUCUUUUUUAUAUGAGUAUCAUAAUAUUCAGCUUCUUAUUGAUCGACAAUGGUAAGCUUAAAUAAAUUAACAGAAACCAUAGUAGGAAAUUUCAAAAAUAUUAAAUUUGUCUAAUUAUAAUUUUAGGUACAGAUGGUUCUAAUGUUGGUCUAACUAUAACUCAAAUUAUGGGAAUUUCUGGAAUGAUUCAGUGGGGAAUAAGGCAAUCAGCAGUAUUAGAAAAUGAAAUGACUUCAGUUGAAAGAGUACUAGAAUAUUCAAAUUUACCACAAGAAGCUACUAUUCAAUUGUCUCCAAGUAAUAAAGAAAAAUGUAACCCUACUAAAAACUAGAAAUAUUAUUGUUAAAUUACAAUGUGGUUUAGAUAAAGCUUCACCAAUAGAAUGGCCAAAUAAAGGGAAAAUAGUUUUUCAGCAUUUUAGUCUUCGUUAUAAUCCUCACACACCACUUAUAUUGAGAAACCUCAAUUUUACAAUUCAACCAGAGGAAAAGGCAAUAAAUUUGAUUAUUAUGUUAUGUUAUACUUAAUAAAACUGAUAUUUUUCAUAUAUUCAGGUCGGGAUCGUUGGUAGAACUGGUGCGGGAAAAUCAUCUAUUAUAGGGGCAUUAUUUAGACUAGCAUAUAAUGAAGGCGAAAUCAUAAUAGAUGAUAGAGAAAUACAUGAAUUGGGACUACAAGAACUACGAUCAAAAAUAUCUAUUAUUCCUCAAGAACCAAUUUUAUUUUCCGGAACUAUGAGAAAAAAUUUAGAUCCAUUUGAUGAAUACCCAGAUCACAUUCUUUGGAGCGCUUUAGACGAUGUAAUUAUACUUAAAUCAAUAAAGAUGUGAUUUGACAAUUUGUUUUUAUUUGUCUUUAAUUUGUAUUAUAUAUAUUUCACUAAACUCAAUCAAACAAUUGUUUUUCAAGGUGCAACUUAGAUUAGCCAUUGAAAAAUUACCUGGAGGUUUAAAUACAAAAAUGUCUGAUGGUGGAUCCAAUUUUAGUAUCGGACAGAGGCAAUUAGUGUGUUUGGCAAGAGCUAUUAUUCGAAAGAACAAGAUUCUUGUCUUGGACGAAGCUACAGCAAAUGUUGAUCCACAGUACUAUAAAUGAUUACAAUAAAUAUUAAAUAUUUCCAAUGGACUAGAAUAUUAUAAUAAUUGUGUAUGUCAAUACAUUUUCAGGACCGAUACAUUAAUUCAAAAUACUAUCAAAAAUAAAUUCUUAACAUGUACUGUAAUGACAAUUGCUCAUCGUUUAAAUACUGUAAUGGAUUCUGACAAAGUUCUUGUUAUGGACUCUGGUAUCAUGGUAGAGUUUGAUCAUCCUUACAUUUUGUUGAAAAAUAGAAGAGGAUUUCUGUACAAAAUGGUAGAACAAACGGGACGAACCACAGCCGAUUUAUUAUACAGUAUCGCUGCAAAGGUGAUUACUUCAAAUUUUUUUUUUGUUAUAUUAUUGUACUUAGUAUUAUCCUUUCUCACAAAUAUUUUUAUGUUUUAUAGAGUUUUAUGACUAUGGGAAUGAAAAUAAAAUCCCAAAAUUAACAAUAAAUAACGAAGAUCCUAAUUUUGCCUCCAACUAAAAUUCAAUAUUCUUAUUUUUAAAUUAAAACUAAUUUGAAUGUGUAAAAAUCAUCUGGCAUAAAAGAAAAUGUAUAUAUAUUGUAAUUAUUUGUUUACUAUAUUAUAUGUAUUUUUGAAUACAUCCAGAUGGCUUUAUAUUAUUUUAUAGACAAUGAGCACAUUAACUUUUUUUUUUGUUUAUAUUUCAAUAUAAAGGUUCGCUGCACUUAAUUUGUGUUUUAAUUCUUAUUUAUUAUACUUGUUUA